GUCUAAUCGGCAGACGGUAGCCGUUCAUAUAGCCACAGCGAUUUCCGCUGUAUGUUUGUUAUGAUGAAGUGGUUGAUGGGUUAAGUUUAUAAGGUUAUGUUGUUGUUAUUAUUAGUGUGUUUAGUGAGAUACUGAAUAAUAUAUUUGAAAAUAAUUAUAUCGUUCAUAAUGGACCCAUCUACUACAAAAUGCAAAAGUAGAAAUUUCAAUGGAUGUAAAUUUGGUCAAUUUCCGGAUGAUUCAAGGAAACGCCGAUAUAAAAACGAUGGGCAGCAUGGAGUAAAGCAAGAGCUGAAAGGUAAGAAGAUGCAUACAAAAUCAUUCAGCUCAUCAGCCCCUGAUAGUAAAAUUAAAUUUAAAAAGCACAGCAGCAGUACUUUUAGACUUGCAGUUGAAGAGUAUAAUAAUAAAAAGUUAGAAAUUCAGAAACAAAAAGAAGAAAUGAAAAAUAGAAAAGAAGAAACAAAACAAGCUUUGCAGCGAUAUAAGGAAACAAAGGCUAUAAAAAUGAAAACAUUGUCAAGAAAAACAAAAAAAGGACAACCUGUAAUGAAAUAUAGGAUGCAAAAUUUACUAGAAAGAAUUCAAAAUGGAUUGAAGUAAUAAAUGUUAUCUUAUUUUA